AUGGACAACUUGACCCAAAGCUUUGUCGGCUUUCCCUCCGAACCAAGUCGGCUGCGCAAAUCCAAGCACUGGCGGCAGUGGUGGUCCGAGAAGAGGCGCAAGGACGAGCGUUUGCUGCAAGCUGCUGCUGAAGGCAACAUCAGGAUCAUCCACGAGCUGACGCAUCCCAGUGACGGGGGCCCGCCAGCUGCUGUUCAUUCUCAUUGCAAGUCAGGUGCCUCUUCGGGCAGGGGGCCUCUGCACUUGGCUGUGGCUUCAGGAGUGGUCGAAGCAGUGGAGGCUCUGCUUUCGCAGGGUGCGGACGUGAAUUUCUGCAGCAGGAAGACCCACUUGACUCCAUUGCAUGUGGCCUCAGCCUAUGGAAGUUCCGAGAUGGUCGACUUGCUUCUGGAGGCGAGAGCAGAUGCGAUGUCUAAGACAGAGGACAAGCAGUUGGCCUUGCACUAUGCUGCCGCAAAUGGUCACACCGAGGUUGUGAAGAUCUUGCUUCAGCAUGAGCGUGACCACUUAGAUGGUCGUGAGGAGGGCCAAGUCGGCCAAGUUGGUGUUCGCAACGCAUCGGGUCAAAGACCGGUCGAGGCGGCGUCAGACCUCCAAACGCUGUGCAUCUUCCGGGACUUUGAAGCGGAGCGGUGCUCCGUCCCGGAGCGGUGCAAGAUGAGCAGCCGCCGGAACAGCGCCUCCAGCGAGGCGAGCACAGCAACUGGAAGCAGUUCUUUGAGUACUUUCGAGGCUACGGACGUGCCCGGGCUUGGGCAGCCUGGGCAUGGGCCCUCCUUGCUCUGCCCCAAGCUGGGCGCCGGCCCCGGCCUCGGCGGCCCAGCUUACCCCCCAUUCCUGGGAAGCUCUCAAAAAGUCUGCGCAGACGGCUACGCGGACCGCACGCCGCUGGCGAAUGGCUUGCUUCUCCGCAACGCACGCGCAGACGCAGUACACCGUCUUAUGCAGCUGACACGACAGCUGGACGAGGCCCAGUCUGAGCGCGAGAAGGACGGCAGGACGUUUAGUGCAAAGUCUUUCAAGGCAGCUUCGCCGAAAGACUCACCAGGACGAUCUCCGUCAGCCAGCAGCGGAACAAGCACCCCCAAGAUCCGGACACCCUUUGCUCGUAUGCGCCAAGGAAGCUCGAGAGUGGAGAAGGUUGGUCCCAACUCUUUCGAGCUAGUCAACCUCCUCGGUCGAGGAUCAUUCGGAGAAGUUUUCCAAGUCAAGCAUAAGCGAACCGGAAAAGCCUAUGCCAUGAAGGUGCUGCAGAAGAGCCGUAUAAUGAGCAGCAACCUUCUUCGAUAUGCCGUGACCGAGAGGAACAUUCUCGCCUAUAUUCGCCAUCCGUACAUCGUUUCACUUCAUUAUGCAUUCCAAACUCCUAGCCACCUUGUGCUGGUGCUCCAGUACUGUCCCCGAGGGAACCUGCAGCACCUGAUCACUCGGGAGAAGCGGCUAUGCGAAAAUUUGUCAAGGGUCUACACGGCUGAAAUUCUUCUCGCCUUGAUCCACUUGCAUGAGAGGCAUACCGUUUUCCGCGACCUGAAGCCGGACAACGUGGUCAUCGAUGAGGCGCACCACGCUCUACUCACGGACUUCGGGCUCUCGAAGGAGGGUGUCGGCCAGCGCGGUACAAAGUCUUUUUGUGGCUCGGUCGCCUUUCUGGCACCCGAGAUUCUCCUGCGGAAAGGCCACAACCAUACAGUCGACAUCUACAAUCUGGGUGUGUUGUUGUACGAUAUGUUGACCGGCCUCCCACCGUUUUAUCACCACGACAGGGAGACCCUCUUUACGAAUAUCAAGCAUGCUCAUCUAGAGGUGCCGCUCUAUGUGUCGCGCAUAGGACGCUCCUUCAUUGAGGCAACCAUGGAGCGAGAGCCGGCCAAGCGAAUCGGUGCGCACCACACCAGUGACGUGAAGGGUCAUGUGUUUUUUGCUGAUGUCGACUUCGCCCAGCUGAUGCGCCGGGAGGUGCUGCCCCCAGAGGCGCAUCCAUUGGAUGAGCCAGCUUCCUGGAACAGGAAUGGCCCGUUGGGUUUGGCCGGACGAGCUCCGGAAAGUCCUUUUGCCAGGGCAGAACGAGGUUGGCGUGGAAGGUAUGCACGCGGGCAGAACGGUGGCUCCGAGCGUGGGGUCAUCACCUCGAAUCCAUUCGCUACGCGCGAAUACCGCGUGCUGCAGCGUGCUGUUGAGUUCAUCGUGGUCACUGGGAGCAAGAGCGAGCGCGCUGCCGCCUGGAGCCACCCGAGCUUACGUCACGAGAGGCGUAUCGCCUUUGGUGGCUGCGCAGAAGCGCACGGCCAUGUGAGCCUUCACAGCCACCAGAGCACCAGCGGCAAGACACUCAGGCUGUUGGCCGAUCUACUCUCGAGAAGCGGAUUCGAUGCCAUCGUGGAGAUGGCCGAGGCAGCGGACGCCAUAUCCGAAUGGCUGCCGCAGCGGUUCAGAACCGAAAUGAGGAUUUCGGUCUCUGAUCUGCCAGCCGUGGAGCUACUCAAACUGGUGAGGUCUGCUACCGGCGUUCCGAACGUGGACGUCGACGCAGACAUCAUGGAUGUAGUAAUCUCAAUUCCAAAGAUCUGUGGUAUUUUUUCGAGCCCCCGCAUCCGAGCAACGUGGUGCGUGAAGGUCAUCGAGAACGGGUGUGAAGAUGUCCGGCAUAUGCAGAGGUUGGCCGCAAGCAAAACACCACUGAAGAAAUGCAAAGACAGUGCCAGGCUGUUUGCAGAGGUUGGUCUUGGUGGCAAGAAGCUGGGCGCUCGUGCUGCGUGCUUCUGUGGCCAGAUGACCGUCGACAUUUCAUGCCGACAGGGUGUGGAUCCUGAUGGAGAGUAUGGCAGACGCCGAGGAGGACAUUUGCAGGUACUGUACAUUUGUCGAAGAUUGUACUAUGCGCGAAGCUUGGCCAGAAAGGGCAAACUUUCUUCAGAGGAUUGCUACUGUUCCGCUGAACAGCUGAAGGAGUUCCUGUUGGUGCAGAGGCUACCUUUGGAAGGUGAUGUUCUGGUCGUUGGCACAGGAACAUCAGAUUUGCCUGCCUUGCUCGCGGAAGGGGCUCGGGUGACAGGCAUGGAUGCGUCCCGGACAGCAAUAGAUUGGAUGAGCCGAGCACAGCCGGAGGUGCAGUGGCAUCACGGCGACGCGGCAUCCAUGCCCAAUGCUUGGAGGAACAGCUUUGAUUGUUUGAUCGACAAGGGUCUAUUGGCCCACAUCGCGUGCGACGAGCUCUUAAGCCAUAACCAGCCAAGCGCGUGCAGUGCACUGCUUUCGGAGUACCGGAGGGUGCUGAGACCUGGUGCUUAUGCAGUUGUGGCAUCCCUCAGCCGACUGGACCGACUGGGCUUGAGUGAUGGGUGGCAAUGCGAAGAGUACCAGUUGGGAGAGACUUUGCUGUACGUGUUGCGAGUGCGAGAUCUCCCUGGCUGGGUUUGCGGAAUCUCCACGAGCUCUUCCAAGCUGCUUCUGAGAACUGUCCUGAGCGCAGCCCAGAGAGCUAACCUCGACCUGCAAGUGAGCGACGACACUGCGCGUGUCGUGCUUCUGGAAGAGAGACACCAUGAAGGUGAGGCCGCGGCCUCCGAAGCGUCGGCACGAUCGAGUCAGGUCUUCGAGGUCUCUUUGCCUUCCCGGCCCCUUAAGGCUCGUUGGACGGAUCAAGGCUUGGAGCUGAUCUUCGCGCAGAAACGACAGCUCUGCUUUCCAGGGCCAGAAGGUGUUAGGCAAUACCAGGAUGAAACCUGCAAACACCUCGUCGGUGAACUCGGCCUUGGCCUCCACCUCACCACGGCGGCAGAAGCCCUGGCGUGGUGUCAAAACCGGCUUGACGAUAUCCACGAGGAAUACCCUCCGCGGUCGGGCACACCUGGAAUUAGCGACGGAGACUGGAAAGUCCAGUUGCGGGACACGGCUUUCAGCCAGAGAGGCAAAAGCUGGCGCCGAAAGAAAAAGCCAGGUCUGCAAUUCUUCCCUCUGCGACCUUCUGCUCAUCGCUUUUUUUCCCCCUCCAAAGACGAGGGCAAGCACUUCUGGCAACGCCCGGAGAUGCAACCAACCCCAAGGCUGGACAUGGUUGUUCGAAGACAGGAUGUUCGGGCUUGUGAUGUUGGUUCGCGCGUGCUUGAAGCGAAGAACCAGGAGCGCGAGACAGUGUCCCGGUGUCGCUGGGCCGAGUACCAGGCCGAACAGGGUCCGCCUCGCCCAAGCCGAACCCCAGAUGCAACCUGA